UUUAGGAAUUUGGUGAAGAAAUAUUGUCCAAAGAGAUCAUCUAAAGAUGAAGAACCAAGGUUCACAUCUUGUGCAUCCUUCUAUAAUAUCCUCAAUGAACUGAAUGAUUAUGCUGGACAGCGUGAAGUGGUGGCAGAAGAGAUGGGACACAAAGUUUAUGCAGAAAUAAUGAGAUAUUCCUGCGACCUGAAAUCAGAGAGAAAAUCGCAUCUUCAGGAGGGGAGGAAAGCCCAGCAGUACCUUGACAUGUGCUUUAAACAGAUGGACAAUAGUAAAAAGAAAUUUGAACGAGAAUGCAAGGAAGCAGAGAAGGCACAGCAGACCUAUGAGAGGAUGGACAAUGACAGUAAUGCCACCAAGUCAGAUGUAGAGAAGGCAAAACAGCAGCUUAAUCUGCGAACACACAUGGCUGACGAGAGUAAAAAUGAAUAUGCUGCCCAACUGCAAAACUUCAACGCUGAACAAAACAAACAUUUCUACAUAGUCAUCCCACAGGUUUACAAGCAUCUUCAAGAAAUGGAUGAACGGAGGACUGUGAAGCUGAGCGAGUGUUACAAAGGUUUUGCUGAUUCAGAGCGUAAAGUUAUCCCAAUUAUCUCCAAGUGUUUAGAAGGAAUGGUACAGGCUGCCAAGUCUGUAGAUGAGCGCAGGGACUCUCAGAUUGUGGUGGACUGCUUUAAAUCUGGUUUUGAACCACCUGGGGACUACCCGUUUGAAGAUUACAGUCAACAUAUUUACAGGACAGUUUCAGAUGGUACCAUCAGUACCCCAAAACAGGAAGUAAUGCGGAAUGACCCCAAGAUUACAAUGGGCAAGGCUAAGGGGAAGUUGUGGCUUUUUGGAAAGAAACCCAAGGGGCCUUCUUUAGAAGAUUUUAGUCACCUUCCUCCUGAGCAAAGACGGAAGAAACUGCAGCAAAGAAUUGAUGAAUUAAACCGAGAGCUUCAAAAAGAAAUUGAUCAAAAAGAGGCUCUAAAUAAAAUGAAAGAUGUGUAUGAGAAGAGCCCACAAAUGGGAGACCCUGGCAGCUUGCAACCAAAAAUAGCAGAGACAAUGAGUAACAUUGAAAAGCUGAGGAUGGAAAUUCAUAAAAAUGAGGCUUGGCUAUCAGAGGUGGAAGGCAAAGUAUCACAAAGGAGUGAGAGGAGGCACAGUGCGGAGGCUAACCACCUUGUAGCACAAGGAAGAGAGAGCCCGGAAGGAAGCUACACAGAAGAUGCCAACCAAGAGGGCAGAAUCCAGUCACAGCCUCACGUCCAUUCAGAGUUUGAUGAAUUUGAUGAUGAUGAUGACCCUCUUCCAGCCAUAGGUCAUUGCAAGUCACUCUAUCCGUUUGAUGGUAACAAUGAAGGCACCCUGUCUAUGAAAGAAGGUGAAGUUAUGUACAUUAUUGAGGAAGAUAAAGGAGACGGCUGGACAAGAGCAAGACGACAGAAUGGAGAGGAGGGCUAUGUCCCCACAUCAUACAUAGAUAUUACUCUAGAGAAAAACAGUAAAGGUGCAGUAACUUAUAUCUAA